GUAUUAUGUACAAAGACAUCAUAUUUCAGCGCCACAUGGUGGACAGAAAUCCACAUCAUCACUUCGCGACACAUUUACGAGUCGUUGGAAAGAAAUCGGUUCAACUAUCCCGGCAGUUCUUGAAGAGGCGAUGAAAGGCAAAGCACAUUUUCAGUCUUGGAUGUAGCCUCCUCUCACAGUCGGAUGUAGAUCACUGUUACUGAAGGAAUUUAGUGAACUCGUAGAUCUGGCCAGUCGUCAGCGUGACAGACCCACUGCUGUCGCCGUGUUUCGCUAGCUGGCUCACGCAAAUAUUGGUUGCUAACGUUAAAUGCAUUGUACUAACGACAGGGGAUAGCCAACCGGCUAGCUAAUUGCCUUCUCCGUGUUAGCAUGUUAGCAAUGCUAGCGCUAGCUACCUUCGCUUAGCCACAGAGUUGUUGUGUUGGUGGGAAACCAGAUUGGAAAAAAGCGGAGAUAGCAUCGCAGGCUUUAGCAUUGGACACAGCAGGACUCGGAAGAUUUCAUCAUUUACAAUUGGAGUGAAAAAUAGACGCAUGCAAACGAGUUUGUUUCUUCGUUUCCACGUUUCCAAGACAGUUCCAGCCCUCUUGGUAGGGACCAGCCUGGAGGGGACUCAAACACAGACACAAUCCAUGCCAAGCCCUUCUCUUCGUCAGACAGCCUAGGGAAGGUUCAGGAGGUAGCAAGCUGGCUAUUGGAAAUGAACCAGGAUCUGCUGUCGGGGGGCAGCAGCAGCAGGCGUCGGCGGGGCGGUCCCGGGGGUCCUGCGGCGCAAGGUAACGCCCCCUCGGCAGCCCAGACGCCCCAAGCAGCGGCUGAGGAGGGCGAUGAAGACGAGCACAUGAACAGGGUGGUGGUGGAGGAGGAACAGCAGCCGCAGCAGCCGCUCAGGGCGGAGGUCGACGGGGAGCGGGAGGAGCCAUGGGUGCCCGGCGAGUCGGGGGUCAGCAACGGCCGGCGAGACGGGGCCGCCGAGGAGGGGGGCGAGGAGCCCCGCCGCCAGGAGGCCCCCGCCGACGGGCAGGCCGAAGGAGGGGAGAAAGGAGCCCGCUGGAUGUGGGGGGAGGACCGGCCGGGCGCGCAGGGCGAGCCGUCGGUGGGGGAGGACGAGGACGAGGAGGAGGGGGAGGAGGAGAACAACAACAGUAGCAACCAGCGGGAGGAAGGGGAGGAGAGGACAGGGGGGGGCCGGAGGGAGGAGGGGGACGAGGAGGAGGAAGAGGAGGACGAGGAGGAGGAGAUGGACCAAGACAGUGAUGACUUUGAACAAUCUGAGAGCGGGAGGGAGGAGGAGGAGGAGGAAGAGGAGGACGUUGAGGGAGAGGAUGGACUGCGCUCUCCCUCCCUCAGGAACAAUCUUUCUGUCCACAGCCUGGACUCGGGUCGCACACACCAAAGCUCGCCUAACAAAAAGAAGAUGAAGAGGAAGUUGGAUCAUGGCCCCGAGGUCCGAUCUUUCCCUUCUGGUAAAAAACCCUGCAAAGGCACAGAGUAUCCAAGCCCAACGGGGAUAGUCCCAUGCCCGGCCACGCCCACCACGUUUGGCCACAUCAGAACAGCCAACGGUCAGGGGACACAGAGACGGCGAAUCACCUCCAUCCAGCCACCCACGGGUCUCCAAGAAUGGCUCCGGACAUUUCAGAGCUGGAGUGGCCCGGAGAAGCUACUGGCGCUGGAUGAGUUGAUCGACAGCUGUGAGCCCACGCAAGUCAAGCACAUGAUGCAAGUGAUCGAACCACAGUUUCAGCGAGACUUCAUCUCCCUGCUGCCCAAAGAGCUGGCCUUGUAUGUGCUGUCAUUUCUGGAGCCAAAGGACCUCCUCCAAGCAGCCCAGACGUGUCGCUACUGGCGCAUCCUGGCCGAGGACAACCUGCUGUGGAGGGAAAAGUGUCGAGAGGAGGGGAUCGAUGAACCCUUGCUGCUCAAGAAGAGGAAGGCGGCAAAGCCCGGCUUCACCCACAGUCCGUGGAAGAGUGCCUACAUCAGGCAACACAGGAUAGACACCAACUGGAGGAGAGGGGACCUGAAAUCACCCAAGGUGCUGAAGGGUCACGACGACCACGUCAUCACAUGCCUCCAGUUCUGCGGCAACCGUAUCGUCAGCGGCUCUGACGACAACACGCUCAAGGUCUGGUCGGCUGUCACGGGGAAGUGUUUGCGGACCCUGGUGGGCCACACGGGCGGCGUGUGGUCGUCCCAGAUGAGGGACAACAUCAUCAUCAGCGGCUCCACCGACCGCACGCUCAAGGUGUGGGACGCGGAGACGGGAGAAUGUAUCCACACCCUCUACGGGCAUACCUCAACAGUACGCUGCAUGCACCUGCACGAGAAGAGGGUGGUGAGCGGCUCCCGUGACGCCACGCUGCGCGUGUGGGACAUCGAGACGGGCCAGUGUCUGCACGUGCUCAUGGGCCACGUGGCGGCGGUGCGCUGCGUGCAGUACGACGGGCGCCGCGUGGUCAGCGGCGCCUACGACUUCAUGGUCAAGGUGUGGGACCCGGAGACGGAGACCUGCCUGCACACGCUGCAGGGACACACCAACCGGGUGUACUCGCUGCAGUUUGACAGCAUCCACGUGGUGAGCGGCUCCCUGGACACGUCCAUCCGCGUGUGGGACGUGGAGACGGGGAACUGCAUCCACACGCUGACGGGCCACCAGUCGCUCACCAGCGGCAUGGAGCUCAAGGACAACAUCCUGGUGUCCGGCAACGCCGACUCCACCGUCAAGAUCUGGGACAUCAAGACGGGCCAGUGCCUGCAGACCCUGCAAGGGCCCCACAAGCACCAGAGCGCCGUGACGUGCCUGCAGUUCAACAAGAACUUUGUGAUCACCAGCUCGGACGACGGCACCGUCAAGCUGUGGGACCUGAAGACGGGCGAGUUCAUCCGCAACCUGGUCACCCUGGAGAGCGGCGGCAGCGGCGGCGUGGUGUGGCGCAUCCGGGCCUCCAACACCAAGCUGGUGUGUGCGGUGGGCAGCCGCAACGGCACCGAGGAGACCAAGCUGCUGGUCCUGGACUUUGACGUGGACAUGAAGUGAGGCGGCGGCAGCAGCAGCAGAGGACGAAGAAGUGGGGAGGAAGAGACCCAGGGGGGCGGAGGAGGGCGUGUGGAGGAUGGAAACGCACACACACAAACACACAAUACAGAGCAGGGUGUAUGGGGCGUGGGGGGGGGGGGGGGGGGGGGAGGGAGGACUGCGAGGCAGGGUGAAGUGGGGAUGCUGGGAAGAUUUGAAAAGCUCACCCCAAAUCGACACUAGCCCGGCGCUCGCCUCGGCCAGUUCUCCCCCCCACCCCCCCACCCCCCCCAAGGCUGUCCACACUACUGUCCGGCAGUCCGGUUCCCUCCAGGAAGACCACCGGUUGGAACCGCCCUUCCUGUCCUCCUAUUGGCCAACCUAACUGAGGAGGAGACCCACCCAGCUGCCAUCCACUGACCGCCACUCAUCUAAGCCGCCGCACUCGCCUGCAUGAGAUCAGAGAGGAGGGGGUCGACCCGGCACGGGAGGUGGCGGAGGAGCCCUGAUUGGUCGACGCCCCCCUCCUCCUCCCCCCCACCCCCCCCCCCCCCCCCCCUGAGGAAGAGGAGGAGCAUGACGAGGAAGAGUGACUCUUCUGAAGUCAACGGCUUCACUGAGACUUUCCUUCACAUAAAGCUGACAGACAGGAUGCUGAGAUGUAUAAAGAUAUAUUAUUUUCUAUCCUUCCCUCUCCCCUCCACCCCACCCAUGCUUGACAGACAGACACACACACACAUACACACAGACAGACAGACAGACACAAGCACAGACAUACAGUCAUACACACUCAGACAGAAACACAGUCACACACAAGGUCACACAAGCAACAAAUGGUACACAGGAGAUUGAGAAAGGGGAACUAUUCUAGGAGCAGAUAUGUUUGGUGGGGAAAGGUGGUGCACACACACUCUCUCUUGUUUCAAAAACUAGGUUAAGGAGAAGGGUUGGGGGGUUAUACAGUUGGCCCCCGCCCACUAACUUGUCACUCCAAUUCCGUUUGGGGGUUUUUCCGUUUUUAUUUACGCACAUUAUUUUAUUUUUUUCUCCCUUGUGUUUUUAUUUUGUCACACAAUAUCACACCAAAACACAACUGUGAAUCGCGUUUCAACGUUCAGUUCAGCAUAAGAAAAAGGAAGCCUUUUCCUCAGUCUCACGGUUGCCCAUGGCAACGCAUGGCAGUAUUAGAGCCUACUCCGCUGUUAUUAUAGUUUUUGACACAAUGGGUUUUUUUCGGGGGGGGGGGGGGGGGGGGGGGUGCGCAAGUUUGGGAGCUCAGUCUCCUCAUGAACACGUGCUGUCCAGGAUUUUCAAAAAGGGUUCAGGCGUCUCCUCAGACGGCCUGCUGUGGUCAGAGGAAGUGAAGUCAGAGGAAGUGAGUUUUUUUCCGAAUACCCCCACCCCCUUCUUGCCCCCCACCUCUCCCUGCUCCUCCCCCUUCCCAAGUACUGUGUUUCUUGUUUUGUUUUUGUUUUUUACCAGUGGCCAAACUGUAUUUAUGCUGCUAGAUGGACGGAACAGAGGAUUGAACUUUUACUUGCUGUGACGUUUUAGUCCCAGGCGAAAUUCCAAGGUGAACUCAUUUAGUUUGGACUUUUUAAAAAAGACAUGGAGGACAUGCAGAAAAAUAUUAAAUAAAACGAGCAAAUAGGAAAACAAAACGUGACGGAUACCAUCCCGGGUUGUUUGUGUUUUGUUUGUUGGUGGGUUUUUGUUGUUUUUUUUGCAUUGUUUUCUUCGUUUGUUUAUUUGCCACUGAAACUUGAGCCAAACGUGCCUCCACGAGGCUGGAUGUCCAACAGACAGGAGAGCCGAGAGGUCGAGACGAGGUGUUGAGUAAGAGGGCUGCGUGUCUGUGUGCGUGCGUGUUUGUGUUUGUGGGUGCGUGUGUGUUUGUGUGUGCGUGUGUGUGUGUGUUAGAGUGUUUCUGGGCAAACCUAAACGCAUUCCUUGGGUCGAGAGCUCUGACGGCCUGCUCUUGAGGGGAAAUUACAAACGGCACUUGGCAGAAGAGAUCAAAUGAAAAAAAGGAAAAAGAUCGUUUUUGUUUUUCUUUUACCGGUUCAAAAGUCCCGGUGAGUUCGCAUCCCAAAAACAGCGGACGCCAUCGCGAGCAUAUAGAGACAAAACGCCAGGAGUCUACGUGCUCACGGGGACGCGCCGGUUUAUAGUGUCACAUGCUUUUUUUGAGCGGCUCCAACGCAACAAGUGAUCUCGCCGAGCAGUGACCGAGCGAACGGGAGGCGCUCGGGGAGUCAGAGCGAGCGGCCUCCAUCCCACCCCCUCCCCCCCAGGAAUCACAAGGCGAGCUGAACUGUGAAAGUGGUAUAACACUGUAUAUUAAACAAAGGAAAAAAAGAAAACGAAUCUUGCUCUGGAUCUUCUACCUGGUUUUCUCCCUCUGUUUAAUUUAUGGUCCGGUUUGAGAAAUCACAUCUGCUUUGCAGGUGUUACGAUGUUGUUCAUUUUUUUUUGUUUUUUCUGGUUCAUGUAAACUGCCUGGCAAAAAAAAGAACAGACAGUAAAAAAACCUUAAAGGGAUUGUGUAUUUGUUUGAUUUACUUAGAAUUUUUAUUUUCUUAUAACUUAAGUGCAAUAAAACGUGGGUUUUUCUUUUUCAUUGCAA